AUGCGCAUAGGAGGUAAAUUAUUAGAAGCCUCAAACUUUAGGUAUUUUGAUAGAAUUAUGGUUGCCAAUAAUGGAGCCUUGCCUCAAUCUAUGUAUGAUUCUCUUAACAGGUAUAUUUAUCAAGUCAAUUCAUAUUAUUUGUUCAGUUAUAUGAUAAAUGACCCAUAAAUGAGACCUAGCACUGUUGGAAGUUCAAACAGAAGAUAAUCUAAUUCAUAAUUUCCAAUAACUGCUAAGAAUAAACAAUCUUAUACCUUUGGUGGUAAAACAAAUGUGCAAAAGUUUCUACAUUAGUAGGACCCAGCUUAGCAUCUUCAAGCUCUUCUCAAUAAUCCAGUUCUUUCUUAGCAAAAUCAAAACUUCUAAUCAGCAAUUCAAUACAAUCAUCAAAAGGAUCUUGAUUAAUUAUCAAAUGCUAGUGGUGCUUAUGUUGGUAGAAGUAAACUGAACAGAGCUAAAUCUUCUGGUGGUGCAACACGCUCGUAAUACGGAGGAGGAGCUGCAGCUUCUGCAUAAAAUAAACAAGGAAUGAAAGUUUAUAUUCCAACUGAUUACUACAAGCAUGCUGGGUAUAUGUAAAAAGAUUAAAUGAGCAAUGCAAAUCAAAGAUCAUAAAUAGGUGAUAAAGCCGAAUAGGCUAGAGAAAGAUUCAAUGAGGAAUUGAAUUAUAAUGGAAAAAAUAACAAAAAGGACGAAGCAUUGUCAGCAUAUUCGAGAGGACCUUAAAGUGUUAUAAAUGCACCAACUGGAAAGGUUUAGGUACCACACCAAAACUAAGACAAACAUGAAACUCAAUCUAGGGCUUAGUCAAGUUACUUCAAGAAAAGAAUACUAGAUAAGAUCAAUGCAAUGGAUGAUUAAGAUUUGUAAAGAAUCGGGCAUGAUCUCAACAUUGAAGAUAAGGAUGAUAAGGCUAGUGUAAUAACUACAGAUAAACUUAAGAAGUUCAAUGAAAUUUAUGGCUUCGAUGGUGGGCCAGCAGUUGAUGAACAAGAAGAUGAGUUGGAUGAAGACGGAAGUAAUCCCAAUGAAGGAGAUGAGCAGAGAGAUGAAGUGCACUCUUUGAAUAACUAAUAAUAUAAGAGUAAAGGUUUAGGGAAAGGAAAGAAAAGCAAAAAUGGAGAUACACAAUCUGUUAUCAGCAGAGGAACUAAAUCUGUCAUCUCAAGACGAACAGUUGUCUCUGCCGAUGGAAGCAUUAAAACUUCGAAAACUUAUAUCUCAGCACUUGAAAGACAACUAAAUGAUGAAAAGAGAGCAAGAGAAUAAUUACAGAGAGAUAUCGAAGAGAUAAAGAAAAUAAAUAGUGAAAUUAGCAGCAAACUUGGACUUUCUUCUCAUAAGGAUAACCAUAGAUAGUGA